AUGCUCUCUCUAACUCUGACAGCUGAUUUGCAGGGUGUCUCAAACCUCCAACCCCAGGACACAGAAGAGGAACCAUACUACUACACCUUCAAGGUCCUCUGUAGCUCGUGCCGAGAGGAGCAUCCCAAUUGGGUCAGUUUUAAUCGUUAUGAAAAACAUGACAUCCCCGGCAGUCGCGGCGAAGCCAAUUUUGUAUGGAAAUGCAAACUCUGCGGUAAAACACACUCGGCAUCCAUAACAGCAGGUCCAAACGCCUACCAAAUCCCCGAGAACCCCAAAAACAAGACUCAAAAGAUCAUUGAACUCGACUGUCGCGGUCUCGAGUUUACGGAGUUCAAGGCUGAGGGAGACUGGGAAGCAAAAGGAGCAGAAACAACCACCUCCUUUGCGGGCAUUGAUCUGUCCGAGGGUGAGUGGUAUGAUUAUGAUGAGAAGGCGGGUGAGGAAGUUAGUGUCAAAGACGUCAAGUUUGAGAUUAGGAAUGUUAAGUAA